AUGGAUUUUGAGCCACACAUGUCCUCGCAGCAAGAGGGGCUGUACCAGCUGGAGGUGAUUGCCAAUGGGCAGGUGAUAAGCAACCUGGGUGGGAUGCCUUGUGACAACUGCACUUUCAAGGUAAACUCCAGGGAGGGAUGGGAUGAACUGGCUAAAGAUAAUCCAAAGGGGGUUGCAACUCAGGGAAACAUAAUACAAGUCUGCGGGAAGAUCAUUGCUGGAAGAUACGAAACCAUUGACUUUAAUGUUGACUAUAUUGAUGGUCCUGUUAUCCUCGAGGCGGAAGGAGAUGGAUGGAUCAGCCUCUGUUCUUUUGCCAACAAGCAAACGAGAAGCAUCUAUCCCAUUCAGAUGGAUCAUGGAACAGGGACCUUACAGUGCCGUGUCGAAGGCAGCUAUAUCGGUUCACAGAACAUUAGCUUUUCAGUGUUUAACAAAGGAAAGUCGAUGGUACACAAGGAUGCUUGGCUCAUCAGUGCCAAACAGGAGCUUUUCUUGUAUCAGACAUUCUCAGAUAUAGCAUCUGUGUUUCCUGUCUCGGGAAGCCUAGGAGGAGGAAGUGACCUCACGAUUACAGGAGACUUCUUUGACCAGCCCGUGCAGGUCACCGUUGCAGGUGUUCCCUGUGAAAUCAAGCACUGUUCUCCCCGGAAGAUUAGCUGCACCACUGGACCCAUUGCUGAGACCAGAAGACUUGCUGCACCCCAAGCAGGAAACAGAGGGCUUCUCUUUGAAGUCUGGGAUGAUGCAGCAGGCACUGAUCUCACUGAAACAGCCCCUGGAUAUAGAUGGCAGAUUGUUCCUAAUGCCAGCUCUCCAGAAAGAUUUCUCUCUCAAGCACAGCAGUCAUUCAGCUCACGACUACAUGGAUUCUUUGUGGCACCACAGACAAAUAAUUACACCUUCUGGAUUCAGGCAGAUGGCAGGGCUUCCUUGCACCUAAGCCUGUCAGAAGACCCAGGAAAAAAGGUGAAAGUUGCCUUUAUUCCUGCUGGUGCUUCUGAAUGGUCUGAGCACUGGGAAAAGAACUGGAGCAAGAGUUGGCAGCCAAAAUCCCAGAAAUUUGAGCUGAUGGGUGGCUCAAAGUACUACCUGGAGGCGCUCCAUCAUGGGAAGGCACCAAGCAGUGGGAUGCGAGUUGGGGUUCAGCUGCACAACACCUGGCUAAACCCUGAUGUGGUGAAUACAUAUCGCAGAGAGAGGCACGAAAUCCGAGCCAGUGCCCACCGGCUUCCGGAGAUACAGAUGCUGACUUUAUCCGGCACAGGAUGGUUCCGUAUUUCCUGGGACAAUGUAUCCAGCAACACAAUGGCAACAAAUGCUACAGCUGAUCAGGUCCAGACAGUGAUAGAGGAGCUUCUUUCAGUAAAAUGUGAAACUGAGCCAUUGUCUGCUAAAUUCCUUCUCCGGAAUGGAUUUGAGGAAGGCCAGAGAGACCCUGCCACUGAGGGACAUGUUGCCAGCUGGACAGAACCCUUUUGUGGAAGGUUCAGUAUUCACAGGCCAAAACAUCUUGUAAAAAUGUCUCCAUCAACCUUACCAAGAUACAACCUCACUGAGUACACACAUGUGUGCUUUGCAUAUAAAGGUUACGUGAGCGAUACCCUUUAUGUUUCGGUGUCCUAUAUCAACACCCUUCUAAAUACAGUGAAGAAGAACCUUACUUGCCUGUGGCGUCUGAAUGAGACCAGCCCAGAAAGGUACCCAGUACAAGGAUACAUGUGGUAUAGUGUCAGCAAAUGGCUUCCUCCGCACUAA